AUGAAAUAUCCGAGUAGACGGGAAUACGGCAGAUAUUCUACUAAAUUUCAAUUGGACUUCCCGUGCCGCAAGGACUCGCGGCCACACUCCCUUAACGCUGCUAUCAUGAAAGAGAAGAGCAAAAAUGCAGCAAGAUCAAGAAGAGAGAAGGAGAAUGCCGAGUUCCUCGAGCUGGCAAAACUGCUCCCCCUCCCGUCCGCCAUCACGUCACAGCUGGACAAAGCCUCCGUCAUCAGACUGACCACGAGUUACCUGAAGAUGCGACAGGUUUUCCCUGAUGGUUUGGGAGACGCGUGGGGUGCUGCUCCGCCACCACCACAGCCUCGGGAACUCUUCAUAAGAGAGCUGGGUUCCCAUCUUCUUCAGACCCUGGACGGCUUCAUCUUCGUGGUGGCUCCGGAUGGCAAAAUAAUGUAUAUAAGUGAGACGGCCUCCGUUCAUUUAGGUUUGAGUCAGGUGGAAUUAACUGGCAACUCCAUAUACGAAUACAUCCACCAAGCGGAUCACGAAGAAAUGAAUGCAGUGCUAAGUCUCCAACAUCCACACUCCUACCUUGGUCACCAGUGUCCUACCAUUGGGUACCCAGUUGGUGGCACGUGGAGUGCCAGCGUGGAUAUAGAGUGCGAGCGAGCCUUCUUCAUCAGAAUGAAGUGUGUGCUGGCGAAACGAAACGCUGGUCUCACAACCUCAGGAUACAAGGUAAUCCACUGUUCCGGUUACCUGCGCGCGCGACGGUUUGGCGAAGGUUCAGCGCCACUCGGUUUGAUCGCGGUGGGGCACUCCCUACCGCCAUCUGCUGUUACUGAACUGAAACUACACUCCAAUAUGUUCAUGUUCCGAGCCUCGUUGGAUAUGAGACUCAUCUUCUUGGACGCUAGAGUCGCAUCGUUAACUGGUUACGAACCGCAGGAUCUCAUAGAGAAGACGCUGUAUCACUACAUCCACGGCACCGACGUUUUGCACAUGCGCUACUCACAUUGUACAUUACUAACAAAAGGCCAAGUCACGUCGCGAUACUAUCGAUUCCUUACGAAGUCGGGGGGUUGGGUGUGGAUGCAGAGUUACGCAACCAUCGUCCACAAUUCGCGAUCAUCACGACCUCACUGCAUUGUCUCUGUCAACUACGUAUUAAGCGACAUCGAAGAGAAACAUCUAAUCCUUAACUUAGAGCAAGGCGCGCCAAAGCAAAACACAGACCCGCACAUCCCUCACACAUCACCACAGAUCUCACACAUCCGGCACACAGAUAAAAAUCACGUCAACGACGAAUUCAGCGCAGACUACGCGCAAACGUAUCCGGAGUACACGUUGCUCCCAGUAAUGCCAACAUACGAAACGCAGGAGGACUACCAGAACCAAAAUGGCUACCAGGACAUCUUCUACAACGAGAACUAUACGGAACCGGAAAUACCGAAUUACGCGUACCCACAAAACCAAAGACCGUUUUCAGCCAGUUCGUCUUCGUGUAGCUCCAUCGAGAGUUCAGAGGUUAACCAAUAUAAUUACACGAAUCUUAUCUCCUUCUACGGUCAUCAAAAUGGCCGACCCGAGGGGAAUUUCGGCGGGAACUUCGGAAAGGUAACACCGAAUCCGACGGGACAAGAAGGGGCGUACACUAGUGUCAUAGUUGAUAAUACGCAACAGUUCCACGGUGGUAAUGUAAAUGAAUUUGUGCACUGA